AUUUUUCUAUUUCUUAAAUAUUCUUAAUUUAGGUUGAAUACACACAAAAGGCUGAUACUGGGCCAUGGCAAUCCGCAUUCCACACCCACCUUAUGUUCUUUCAAGUUUCAAGCUUUCCUUCUCCUUUACUACAAGUACCGGGCUCACCACCUUGUCUUUUGUCCAAAAUCUCGAUUGUCCAUUUGCCCGAAAAGGAGUCCCUGCAGUGUCUUCUCCGGGUUAAAUAAAAUACAUAUGCUCAAGAUCAGAAAUGGGUUCUGGAGAUUGGUUUAAGACGAUAAUUAGCUUAAAGAAGGUGAAGGUCAACUCUUCAAAACGAGUCAAGGGCGCUUCAGCUGUAGCAAAAUCCAAUGGCUUCAAAGAAAAGAAUCAGCUAAAGAAAGAGUCUGUCAGUGUGGCUAAUGGCUCUACCGGUAGAAAUCAUGGAGUUCUUGCUAUCCGAGAUGAGAAUUUAGCUGCAACUCAAAUCCAAACAGCUUUCCGUGCCUAUUUGGCCAGGAAGAGUUUGCGUCGCAUGAAAGGAACAGUUAGAUUACAGAAUGUGACCUUAAAUCAUUCUGUUAAAAAGCAAGCAGUGACUACACUGAGCUAUCUGCAUACCUGGAGCAAAAUUCAGGCACAUAUUAGAGCUCGACGCCAUUGUAUGGUAACAGAAGGCAGGAUAAGACAGAAGAAAUUGGAGGAUCAACUAAAACUAGAGGCAAAGCUUCAUGACCUAGAGGUUGAAUGGUGUGGUGGCGCUGAAACAAUGGAGGAAACGCUUGCUAAAAUACAUCAGAGAGAAGACGCGGCAGUUAAGAGGGAGCGAGCUAUGGCAUAUGCCUUUUCUCAUCAGUGGAGAGCUAACUCCAGUCAAUACCUUGGGCUGAAUAACUGUGAACUUGGCAAAGCUAACUGGGGAUGGAGCUGGAAGGAAAGAUGGAUUGCUGCUCGCCCAUGGGAAAUCCGCAUCCCUACCAAACCCAUUAGCCCAAUGAAAUUGCAGAAUAAACAGGCUAGUAAUGUUUCUAAAAACAUAAAUUCACCUGCAAAAAAGCCAUCAAAUCCUUCACCUUUGAAAAAACCAUCAAUUUCUACGCCUAUGAAAAAAACAACAAUUUCUCCUAAGCCUUCUUGGCCCAAUGGGAAGGGGAACAUAAAGGCGAGAAGAUUGUCUUACCCUCCUGCUGAGAAGCCUGCUGCUAAUGGAGUGAGAGCUGAAACUGAGAAAGAGAAGCCUGCUGCUAAUGGAGUGAGAGAUGAAACUGAAGAAGAGAAGCCUGAAAAGGAAACAGUUGGUGUUGUAGUCUCCAACCAAUGAUAUGGAGAAAAAAUAGUAUAUUUGGUUUGCUGUGAAUUGCGUGUUGCAGAGAAGUGAGGGAAAGUCCAUCCUGUUCCUUAAUUUAUAUAGCCAUUUGUGUUUUAUAUACAGGGUAUUAGCAAGAUUCAUGUCAUGUUUUCUUAAUGCGGGCUGGAAUGAAGCUGGUCAUCUUUCUUGGAACAGACACGACCAUCUUUUUAUUUAUUUAUUUAUUGUGUGUAUAUUUAAAAACAUGUAUUAUUUCUACUGUAAAUAGACACAAAUUUGUAAGGGCUGAUGUCAGUUGAAUGUGCAAUGCUGCAAUUUUUUUGCCUUGAA